AAACAGCCACUGGAUUUAGCCGAAGUAUUUUGAAAUAUGAUCGUGUCUUCCUGUCACAAAUGCUGCUACUGUGCAUCAUGCAUAUCAAGUGACAACAGCGGGUUAUAAAUGAAUAGCUUGUUCUUUUUGACUUGUGUCAUGCCUCCCGCCUUUUUUUUUUGUACGUACGCCGGUUCUGCGCACAUGUAAACACACCACAGCGACAAUUUACUGACACGGUUCCUGCUCCAUUUGCAUAGCUCCCCGCGCCCGAAGCACGGGUCAGUGCAAACACAAAGCUUGGUGCAUACAGCCUACCAACCCCGUUGAACAAGUCUCUCGGUACGCGCUUGUUGUUGCGUAGUGCCUUAAGGUACCCGCCCAACUGCGACUUACGUCGACAAGUAAGUGUGUGCGCAGAAUCUGCCCGGGGGGACUUGGGAGUACAGUACAAGAUGGCGGUGGUGGCGUCAACAGAAGACGACACGCUCUAGGAUUACUUCACUCUGACAGCUUUACCCAUUUUUGGAGCAGUGUUGUGGACUUCAGAGAACAACGCGAAGUCAUGGCGUUCGCCUAUGCCGGGACUUGAAGGCUGUUAGAGCCAUUUCCUGCCGACUCCGAUACGAAAUACCGACACCCAGGCACUGCAACUGGAAAAACUUGUCAAACUUUCACCGCCUUCAGCAGAAGCUUGACGACGAUCUGUAGCCAUGGAGAACGGGUCGGUACGCCCGGGAAACGAGGGGGAGAACGUUCCCGUAUCGGCGGGCCAGGCGUCGCAUCCGCCCGCCCGACAGAAUGGCGUCCCGCCGGAGAAAAACGGCAAGAAAAAAGCCGAGGGCAAGGAGGAGGACGCAAAAUCGCCCGGACCUAAAACGGUACGGCUAAAGGACAACUGGCAGAGCACGUUCACGUACUGCAGUGUUUUCCUGAGUUUCGGCAUGUGCGUGGCCUUCCUGGGACCAACUCUCCUGGACCUGGGCUGUUUAACCCGCAGCAGUCUGGGUGACAUGACAUGGGCGUUCUUCGCACAGUCUCUCAGCCUCCUGGUGGGGUCUACAUUCGGAGGACUCCUGGUGGAAAGUCUUGGGAAGAGGUUCUCAGGCAACCCUACGCUGCUGGUUGCCGUGGUAACGGUGGGCGUGACCCUGUCCGUCAUCCCCCUGUGCAGAAGCCUGUGGAUCCUGACGAUGGUGCUGGCCAUCAUGGGCGUGGCCAUGGGGUGCAUCGACACCGUGGCAAACGUGCAGCUCAUUAGAAUAUACUCACACGAUGUGUCACCUUUCCUUCAGGCCUUGCAUUUUUGUUACGGGUUGGGCGCGUUCAUCAGCCCGAUGGUAGCCGAACCCUUCAUCCUGGACCAAGACUGCGACACUUUCCUCAACGUCACCUACUCCAACGACUCCUUCAUCCGCGAACUCAUGCCGGCCGAAGGCGUGGACCCCACGGGGAUGAACAACAUCACCAAGGCGGAGUCGUUAGCGGACGCCAUACACAAGACUGAAGUGCGAUACGCCUUCUGGAUCAUGGCCGGCUUAAACAUUCCGAUCGCCUUUGCGAUCAUGUCGCUGCUGAUCUACCAGCGGAACGACGGGAAGCACCGCGGCAAGCUGCUCCUCCGCGACGGCGUCAAGGAAGACAUCAUGAAGUCCAAGAGAGGGUACGAAGACAUCGUGUCUGGUGAACAUGAGCUUGAACGUGAACAGGAAGGGGCGGAUGAAUCAGGAACGUUGAUAGGUGAUGAGAAAAAGGAUAUCCCUUCAGGAAAGUUUCGGACGGUUAUCGUCACCAUGUUAACGGCUACGCUGCUGUUCCUGUUUGACGGGAUACAGGGUGCCUUUGCAGGCUGGAUCUACGCGUACGCCGUGAUCAGUAAGGUAGACCUGAGCGCCAAGUACGCGGCGUACCUGACCGGGGCGUUCUGGGGCAGCCUGGCGCUGGGCAGACUGGUCUCCAUCCCGAUCGCCACCAAGCUGCAGCCCCCGGCCAUGCUCAUGUGUAAUCUGGUUGGCUGUCUGGCGGCCAUCUUGGUGAUUCUGGGCAUGCCCCACAGCCCCAUGGCGUUGUACGCCGGCGCCAUGACCUUUGGCUUCUUCCUGAGCAGCAUUUACCCAUCGUCCAUUGCGAUGGCUGAGCGGAACGUCCGCGUGACCGGGGGGAUCACCAGCGCGCUGGUCAUCGGGGCGGCCACCGGGGAGAUGGUUCUGCCUGUCCUGGUGGGAAGGCUGUUUGUAUGGUACGGACCGCCGAGUUUCGUCGUGUCCUGUUGUGUGGUGGCCGCGCUAGGCAUGAUCGUGUUCUGCACUCUGUGGUUUUACGCCUCUGUCUCCGGCGGAACUCAAAAACAGUCGAAUUCGCACCCUUACUGGUGGUGUCGGUGGUGCUGCUCCAAACGGGACACGCUUCUGAACAAGGGUCCGACGUCGUACUACACCGUCAUGGACGAUAGAGUCGAGCUGGAAAGUCUGCCCAAGUCUCCAGCAUCCACCGGACCUAAGUCUGGGUCAUGACGAAGGUGAAGGGAGCGCCGUCUUAGAAAUGCUGUAUGUGCUGUACCAAGCUUAUGAUAGACUGUUGUACUCUUCAAACUCGUUUUGUUUUGUUUUGUUUUGUUGUUUCCAUGCGUUUUGGGGACAUUUUGGGAGAUCGUAUACUUGACUGGUCUUCUUACUUGUACUGCACCAAUGAAAAAAGGACUUAAAUGACCACAAGACGAGGAAAAGACAUGGGUAGGACCAGAGGGUUACGCUGCCAGACAGAAAGCUGUUAAAUUAGCUAGUGUCAGAAUGUCAGGCUUUCCAGGGUGGCAAGGUGCGUGUUUUGUCGACAUAUUUAUAAAUAUAUAUAUAUAGAGAGAGAUAGAUAUGCGUGAGAUGAUACGCGUUUUAGUUAAUACUAUUGGCUUAAAAUAGAAUUGCCAUCUUAGAAUGCAGAGGAAGCAACUUAAUUGUCAGCAGAAUCUAGCUAUGGUAUGAUAUAAAUCGUUCACAUCUUCCAACUAAAAAAAGAUUAUACGCAGAGGAAACUGUCAAUCUACGGCACUGGUGUCUGAGUUCGUUGUUAUAUUAGUUCUAGUUUGUUAGGCGAGAUGUGAGGAAAGUUGCAUGGUGACUAUGCAUAGGUAACAUAUACGGAGGGGCGAUGUAUUUUAGCAUAUGAAAAUUGCAAGUAAAUAUAAUCAAAUUAAUGUCGGUCUAUCGAAAUGGUGCACAACCUUCUGGCCGAGGUAUCAACGGCCCCAUGCGGAGUAAAUCUGAAAGUGACGUUACGUAAACAAGCCCCUAUAUUGAGUGUUUAGCAUUAAAUGUUUGAUGUUUGAAAUAUACAUAAUUUAUAUGUACAAUCAUAG